AAUGGGAAUUGUUCGUAACGUAUGCAAUAACAUAAAAUAAAAUAAUUGCUAUGAAGUUAGGCACAGAUAAUAUGACAAUUAAGCUUAUAACAAUUUGAAAAUAUGCCUCUCAUCAUUUUGGUUUUAAUAUGAAUAUACUUCGAAUUGCCUACAUGGGUGUUAUACCUUCAAGAUGGAAGAGAACGAGCAGAAGUUACCUUCGUCGGUGCAAGAAGAUGACGAAAAUUUCAGACGAGCGCUCUCUAAUCUCUUCAGGGACAUCAGAUCUGAAGCUUUCAGCAAUAUGGAGUACUUUGAAGGCCAUAAACAUCAUAACCAUGAUAAAUUUUACAAAAUGUUUUGCACUUUAUUGGAGCACCUGGACUCUGACAGCGGGGUUGAUCAAUUUCUGGAUCGACUCUUACAAGACAUGCAUACUUACGACUAUGACGAAUUCACGCCAGCGAACGGCUACAGAAGUAUCAUCAAAGUCCUUCACAAGUGCUGUGUACAUAUCCUAGUACUUUGUAGGUACAUAUCAGUAAACAAGGGAUCUUUCUUGUUUCGUUGUGGACACUAUAGCAGAGAACUGUCUGCAUACGUGAGCUGUCUGGGACAGAUCCGGGCAGCAAUGUUUUAUGCGGUAAAGCUGAUGGGGUAUUGUGAAGUUGGGGAGUUAUUCAGUGAUGAUAACAAGUUCCGUGGGAAUGAGACCGCUGAGAGACUUAUGGCUGAGUCAGAAUGCAUAGACGCUCAGUAUUUUUAUGGGCGGUGCCUAGGAUUUCAGUAUUGUGAGUCCAUGCUGAGACCUUUCCAAGUACUUCACAUCACAAUGGCUGUGUACAGUGAGCUUUACAAACAGGACAAGUCUAAGCUAGGAAAGCUGACUGGUUCAAUCCUCAGUGGUGGGAAAUAUUUACUGAACCCUGACCUGAGAGGUAAACAGGUGUCUGUGACAACUAAGACUGAGGACAUCAGGUUCUGUAAGGGGUUCUGGGGGCUGGCAGAGACACAGAUGAUGCACACAUUACCAGACUAUGUCUGUCCCUCUGUACAAGUCAAUGAGGUGCUCCUGAUCCCAGCCAAAGCUGUAGACAUUCCCAAGUCUCAGAGUAUUGGUCAUGUGACCAUCCACCCCCCGCAGUCCCACCAUGGCCCUGGUCCCGUCCAGGUGCGGCUGAUAUCACAGGUGUACAGGGAGGGACAGGAGUUGCUGUUGCCUUACCUCAAGGACCAAAAAGGAGGAAAAUUUGUAAACAACAGAAAAGUCCAGCCCAAGUCCCCGUAUCUCCUCAUACAGUGUCAUGGAGGAGGGUUCGUAGCUCAGAGCUCAAAAUCUCAUGAAACUUACCUCAGAGAGUGGGCCUGUGAUCUGAAGGUGCCCCUGGUUGCCAUUGACUAUUCCCUCGCCCCCGACAGCCCCUACCCCCGUGCCAUAGAGGAGUGCUUCUUUGCCUACGCAUGGAUACUGCAGAAUUGUCAUGUACUGGGUUCUACAGGGGAGAAGAUCUGUCUGGUAGGGGACAGUGCAGGAGGUAACCUUAUUCUCUCUACAGCUCUCCGGGCUGGGGAGAUUGGAAUACGUGUUCCAGACGGCCUGGUUGGAGCAUACGGCUGUUUUAUGGUCAGAUACUCGCCUUCUCCCUCUAGAAUACUCAGUAUCAUGGAUCCUCUUAUUCCUGUGGGGAUGCUGACCAGGGUGCUAGGAGCUUAUGUAGGUGUAACUGAAGAAGAAAUUCUAGCUUCUCAGAAAAGUGCCUCUGAUCUGCUGAAAAAAUCCAAAGAUGAGCGGGAAUCAGAGCCUGCUAAAGAGCUCCUACUUCAGUCCCAAGACGAGCCACAAUCACAGUCUUGCAGUAAAUCUCUACAUGGCACAGAAAAGGAUUCAUCCAACAAAGGUGCACAAAUCAGAAUAGAAAGCAAAAAUCAAAUAGCAGACAAUGGAAAAAUAGCUCUUCACCGUUUGUGUGGUCCAACCAUGGUGGAUGUAGACAAAAAAUCAGGACAGGAAGAUUUGGGUGCCCCUCAUUUGACAGGUGCACCAGAUCUGACCUCGGAGAAACUUAAAGUGCACACAUCAUGUAAGAUUGACUCUCCCCACAGGAAGAGACUUCUUUCUGAGGUGGUGGAAAAUGAAGAACAAGAGGAAAUGACACCAGAACUUACUUUAACAGAGGAUGAAAUGGCCAGUGAUUUGAAAACAAAAAGAAGGAAUGAAAAAAAGAUGUUUGACAUUGAUUUAGGCGAUCUUAAAAUUGAAGAUGUAAAAACAUCAGAAAAUGUGAGCCCAUUUGUCAGAAAAACUUCUUUGGAUAGUUCAGGUGACCCUGUUGACUUUUAUUCCUGCAGUUCAGGAUCUGAUUUUAGUGUGGGGAGUCCCUCGUCAAAUCCAAGGACUACAUCCCAUAAUACUCCAUCAAUCCCAGGGGUCCAUGUGACGGGGCAGUCUGCUCCAACAAGUGGCAAAAGUGAAGGACUUGGGGACUUGAAGGUCACUUUUUCAAAGGCAAAAAAUACAGUUACUCUCCCCCCAAAAUCUUUACCUACCCCACUAAAGAAGAUUUUUCACACACGGAGUCCAUCUUCACCCAACUUACACAGUGUUAUGUAUGGACAGGAGAAGUACAAGCAGCAGGCUGUUGUAGGGGUGUCCCCGAGGACAGGUGACUGGGUCCCCCUGUAUGCUUUGGAGUGUACACCUGAGGAGAGUCCACUGUUAAAGUUCCACCAUAUUGAGCUGCCCAAGGACCCGUACAUGUCCCCUCUCCUGGCCACGGACCACAUGCUCAGGAAUCUGCCUCCUGUCUUCUUAGUGCUUGUGUAG